GCCUCUCGGUGCCGUUCGCAUCGUCGUCGCUUCGGUUCCUCCAGCUAAACCCACAGAAUCAGUGAAAAAGUUGUAAAAUAAACAAGGUUCGAUUCCAUAUUCAUAAAAAUGUAAAUGAAACCAAAAACGAGAGCAACAACACUAAAGAGAUUUUCCCAAUGAUAAUGCAUUAAGUGAAAGCAAAUAUUUGCGGAACAGCUGUUGAAUAAUUUGCAUAAAUCAACGCCGGAACAACACUUCGGGCUCUAGUUCUGCAGAGCUGCCCGAUGAUAAUUAAUUAUUAAUGCAUCUGCUGGGAGGGCUUUACACGGCUGUCCUUGGCAGCAAAGCCAGUUGCAACAGUGAGUGACAGCCAGCAAUCACAAAAGACCAGCGGCAGUUGCAACAGUUGCUGCAGUUGCAAUAGCAACAAUGGCCAGUGGCAACAAUGAAACUGCGCCGCUCUACUGCGGCAGCGGCAUGGAUAAUUUCCACACAAGCUAUAAAAACAUGCAUGGCUACGUUUCGCUGGUGGUCUGCAUCCUGGGAACCAUUGCGAAUACUUUGAACAUCAUCGUGCUUACCCGACGGGAGAUGCGCUCCCCCACGAAUGCCAUACUCACGGGUCUGGCGGUGGCCGAUUUGGCAGUUAUGCUGGAAUAUAUACCCUAUACCAUACACGACUACAUCCUGACGGACAGCUUGCCGCGGGAGGAGAAGCUCAGCUAUAGUUGGGCCUGUUUCAUCAAGUUCCAUUCGAUUUUCGCCCAGGUUCUGCAUACCAUAUCGAUAUGGCUAACAGUUACCUUGGCCGUUUGGCGUUAUAUAGCAGUGGGUUAUCCGCAAAAGAAUCGGGUCUGGUGUGGAAUGAGAACCACUAUAAUAACGAUAACCACGGCUUAUGUAGUGUGUGUCUUGGUGGUAUCUCCCUCUCUCUAUUUGAUCACAGCUAUCACAGAGCACUUGGAUCAGUUGGACGCCAAUGGCAAGGUCAUCAGUUCUAUUCCCAUGACCCAGUAUGUAAUUGACUAUCGUAAUGAGAUGCUGAGUGCCAAGGCAGCUGCCCUGAAUGCCACGCCCCCAAGUAGUUCUCCAGUGAAUGAAACUCUGUGGUUGAAUGUGAGUUCCUUGAUAACGUCGACGACCACGGCUGCACCACCCACUCCAUCGCCAGUGGUGCGGAAUGUCACGGUUUACAGGCUGUACCACAGUGACUUGGCCCUGCACAAUGCAUCCCUGCAGAAUGCCACAUUUCUCAUAUACAGCGUGGUGAUCAAGUUAAUACCCUGUAUUGCACUUACCAUACUUUCGGUUAGAUUGAUCCUGGCCUUGUUAGAGGCCAAGCGGCGGCGGAAGAAGCUCACCAGUAAGCCCGUAGCUCCGGCUGCCAGUAAUGGGACCAAGUCGGUUAUCAAUGGUAAGGCAGCUGAUAGACCCAGGAAGAAUAGUAAGACUCUGGAGAAGGAGAAGCAGACGGAUCGUACCACUCGGAUGCUGCUGGCCGUGCUGCUCCUCUUUCUGAUCACCGAGUUUCCACAGGGGAUUAUGGGCCUGCUGAAUGCCGUGCUCGGAGAUGUCUUCUAUCUGCAGUGCUACCUAAGACUGAGUGACCUCAUGGAUAUUCUGGCCCUGAUCAACUCCAGUAUCAACUUCAUUCUCUACUGCUCGAUGAGCAAACAAUUCCGGACCACGUUCACGCUGCUGUUUCGUCCCAAAUUCCUGGACAAAUGGCUGCCGGUGGCGCCGGACGAGAUGGCAGCUGCUCGAGCAGAGCGCUCGGCUGUGGCACCUGCGCUGGAAAAAGGACGACAGCAGCCCCAGGUGGUGAUGGCAACCACGACGACCAACAUCACACAGGUGACGAAUCUGUAGCAUAGGAGGAGUCGUGGUCGCCGAACCCUGCUCAGCCGCCUGCUGAGUGUCCUGAAGCGCAGGCGAAGGGAGUCCUCCAACGGCGGGGGAGUAGACGGUGGAGCUCCUGUGUCCGGAAACGGUGCUGUGGAGCCUGAGGCAGAUCCCGUGGCACUGCAGUUCCAGGCCAUUGUUGUGGUCGUUGACAAAGUGACCGGGGCCACGGAUCACCAGCUCUACACCGCUGAAGAGGCUCGCAUUGUGACGUAGUUACUCUGAUAAUAUGCAUAGUUAUCCUUGUAAAAAGCAAACUAGUUGUGUAAGGACCCCGGUUAAACACGAGUUAUUUGCAUACUUUGGUGAGAAAUCGUUAAGCCCGAAUGGUAAUAAUAAUAAAACGCUGGCUCAUCACUCAUACGCACCACUGGUUUUUGCUAUGCUCCUCCCCUUUUCACACUCAAGUGGGAACUAUAAAAAUGCGCUGCAUAAAUUCGCGCAUAUAACUUACAGUUGAGAUCAAAAUAAUAGUAAUAUUUAAUGGUUUCAAAGAUGCAUAAAAAUGUUUACACUUUUUCUUGUUUUUUACCAAAAAUUUAUUUAUAUUUUGAUCUUUAAAUCGAAUUGAUUACAUUUAAGGUUUUCUCACUUAUAUUUCCUUGAACGCUACUGUAUAGAAUUCCGAAAAAAUCAAAUAAAAUAUGGUAAGCCCUUGCAGUUCUCCCACGCGAGGUUGAUCCCAUGCAUUUUCAAGUUGAUUUCAUCCCCAUAAGUAUGCAAUGCACGUGCUCACUCAGAACUACGAAUUUUUGGCAACGAUUUAAACCGAAUAUUUGCAAAAUCUUGUACAUACACACUAUAUAUACACACACACACAUUUAUGUCCGUAUGUUUAGUAAUGGCAAUUAGGUUAAAUUGAAGGCCAGGAAAGUCCUAGGAAUAUUUUUGUAGCCUAAGUUUGAUGCAGCCAUUGGAUAAACACAAGGCAGUUGCAGUGAAGUGCGUUAGUUAAGUCAAAUAUUUUGUGAAUACUUUUGAAAGGAAAUCGGAUUUGGGCUGUGAAUGAAAUUAUAAUUUUCCUUGAACUCAUUUGGGAAUCCACUCACGUUCCAUGGGUCAACUGAAUUUCAUGGAAAUAUUAUUUGCCAGCAGUCACUGCAGCUGACCGAAUAAUCCAAUGAAACAAUGCAUAAAUAUUUGCCAGUUUUUCCUCUCCCUUGGGAAAACUGUAAUUGAAAUCGCUUAAGCCCCUCGACAAAUGACAAAUGGCCAGCGAACGCAUAAAUUAUGAUGAUUGAAGUAUUUGCAAUUGAGCCCCGACAAAUAUUUUCAAUCUCGUUAAUAAUGAACACGCAUAAAUCAUCAGCACACGAGCCUAAAAUAAGUACAUGUGAAUACACGGAGUAAAUGUAAUUAUUUGUUGCUUUUACAACGAUUAAAUUAGCCCAAACUAAAUUGGAAUUAAAUCUAAAAUAUAUUUAAUUAUAUUAUAAAGUUGCCACUUUGCUUACUGAAAGUAAGCAUAAAUAAUAGAUUAAUUGUUGUUUGUUAUACCAAUAUCUAAAUUGACGGAUAAGUGUGAUUUAAGCUACUCAAUUGUCGAGUCGAGUGCCGCGAAAAAAGGUUUAUUAGAGCGUAAUUAAGUUUUUAUAUAGCUAAACAAAAUGUUAAAGUCGAAUUGAAAAGCUCACUGAUUGGUAUUUAACUUUAAGCAAGGCCCAAAC